GUGCCUCAAAAUCGUUGAUUCCGGGGCGCCUUUCUACUGGCCUCUGACCAAUCCAGCCCCAUCGCUGGCUUCUUCAGGAUAUCUUCAGAUUUGAGCUAAACAUAUACUUCUUGUUCGAAUAUGGAGCCGUGGCAGUCUUGGACAAUUGUCCUUCUGGGAGGAGGAGCCGCUUGGUGGUAUUAUCAGAAUCAAAAUGCUGCAAAGGGCAAACAAGCCCGUGCCCAACUUGCCUCUGAACAAAGUCAGCCCAAAACGACCAAACGUCGCGAAGAGAACAAGGCAAAACGUCGGAAGGAUGUCGGCAACGAGAAUACCGACUUCGGUGGAAGUGAUAUUGCUGAAGCUCCUUCAGCCACAUCCUCUGGAACUGAAGGCGCAAAGAAGAAGAAUCGCAAGGCCUCUAAGAAAAAUAAGCCUUCUGGCCUUAGCUCGGAAGUGAAGGUGCCCGCUGUUCAGUCUGCUGAAGAGCCUGAUACCGCCGAUGACGUUGUGAGCAACAAGGAGUUUGCAAAGCAGCUUGCAGGUCUGAAGGCCGGCACUACCUUGUCGCCUGCCGCCCACGGUGGAAAUCAAAGAUUGUCUGCUGCCUCGUCGACUGCUGGUGCGGAUGCCGACGACGACCUUUCCCCUGCGGUCUCGCCUGCUGUUCGUGCUGGUGAUGUUUCGGACAUGCUUGAAGCUCCGGCUGCUGGCCCCUCUGUUCUUCGCCUGACUGAGUCUACCCAGCCUGCCCGUGCCAAGCCAACUAAGUCACAGCGUGCUGCUGAACCGGUCGAGUCCAAGAAGCAACGCCAGAACAGACGGAAGAACGAAGAAUUGAAGCAGAUGCGCGAAGAGACAGAGAAACAGCGCCGCGAGCUGAUGGAGAAGCAGCGGCGAACUGCCAGAGAGGCAGAAGGACGCCCGGCUAAGAACGGCUUGGGUCCUGCUCAGUCCACCAAUGCCUGGAACACAAAGUCGACGGCAAACGUACCGCCGGUCGUUGUCAGCGAUGCUCCAUUAUUGGACACCUUUGAGCAUGAUGAUGGUGCGAGCACCAGCACUAACGAGGGUGCAUCCAACAACACCUCGGUCACAACCAAUUCGAACGUGUGGGAGCGUGAAGUCCCGUCGGAGGAGGAGCAGAUGCGCAUGAUCAAUGAGAUAGAGAAGGAAUCUGGCUGGAACACCGUUGCCAAAGGACGCAAGGGUAAGAAGGGUCCAGGACAGGCCGGCGAGCAAACGACCGGCAAUGAGAGCAGUGAUGUGGAGAAGCCUGCCACUGCGAAAAUCAGCGCUUCAACAACCCCUUCCGUCAAAACGCCCAAUCCUGAGGUGGCCGAUAUCCAGACCUCCUCUGCUGCCCCUUCGCAAGCUUUCUUCCCUACGUGGAAGCCAAAUCCAUUGGACUCUGACUGGGCGGUCGCUUAGAAACCUUGCAACACUGCUUGUGCUUUUGACAAUUGAACAUAUUAUGCCUUCGAGUUGUGCAGUCAAAGCACUUGUACUACAAAGCACCUCCAUUUUAAUUGUCACCUAGGUGCGGCCAAGAAAAGGAACUCAGUGAUCGUCUGCCUGAGUUACUGGCUAUUGCUGAUU